GCGACGAUUAGCGAUACAACCGCUGCAUGUGCUUCAAUUCUGCGCCAAUAAAGAUAUUGCGUGUAUUUAAAAAUAAAACGUAGCAUUGUUAUAGUUAUACAAUGAGCUUUCGACUGAGUUUUGUUUUGUUCAGACCAAGAAUAUACGGAUUUUGUGUGAGGCGACUGUUGUCUUUGCCUAAAACUGCGUGUCCUGCUAGAUGUAAACAUGGAGAGGCACUGAAUAAAACUUCAAUUGAGUUUCUGUCUAAUUCAACUCACUCCAGGCGACUGACGUCUGUUGUAUGCAGGAACUUUACAUCUUCAGUGUGUAGGACUGAAGCCAUUGGACAGGUGCAGUCAACACACUAUCACCUGGUGUACACCUGUAAAGUGUGCUCCACUCGAUCAAUGAAGAAAAUAUCCAAGGUGGCCUAUCAUAAGGGUGUUGUCAUAGUAACGUGUCCUGGAUGUAACAACCACCACAUCAUUGCUGAUAAUCUAAACUGGUUUUCUGACCUGGAAGGGAAAAAAAACAUAGAGGAAAUCCUGGCAGCGAAAGGGGAAUCGGUGCAAAGAGUUGCUGGGAAUGAGGCCCUAGAGAUUGUUGCUGAGGAAUCAAUAAAAGAGGCAACAAGAAAUGGUCCAGAUGAAGAGAAACCACCACAUCUGAGCAAUAGCGCUGACAAAACAUGAACUGACUGAUAUUCGUAAAUUCCAUCUUUGGACAUUUAGAAUGAGCUUUAUUGCCAAGCAUACACAAGGAAUUUAUUUUGAGGGUAAAAACUGUUCUUGUGAUGUCCUGGCGCUCAGUGCUCUGUCUCGCCGGCCAGAGGGCAACUGUUCAAAGAGGGAGGGGGCAGGGUGUGUGGGGUCCAGAGUGAUUCUACCUGCACGUUUCCUCACUCUGGAGACGUACAGGUCUUAGAGGGUGGGUAGGGGGUACAUUCAUUAUUUAAAAAUCCCAAUUCAGAGUAUUUACUAAUAAAUCUAUUAAUUGCUAGGAUUAAUUGUAUCAUAUUGUUAUAGUUUUAUUUUUUCUGUUCUUAAAACAUAAAAAAAAACAUCCCAUCACUUUGGAGAGGUAUCUAUUGUUUUAAGGAUUAGUUUACCCAAAAAUGAAAAUUCAGUCAAUUGUUUACUCACCUCUGUGUUGUUAUAAUCCAUUUUCUUAAAAAAAAAAAAAAGGGAGAAAUUGUGAAAAACUGUUGUGCUCAGUGAUGUCAAAAUGGCAGUUUAUAUUGACCACAUCUUCAAGCUUCAAAAGAACACAAAAGUAUAAUUCAGAAGUCUAAUGAAUUAUUCAUGAGACUCAUGAUUGUUAUGAAAGUGUUUGAUAAGAUUUGGUGAGAAAAAACUGAAAUCUAAUGUAUUAUUUUGUAAAAUUUGUACUGACAUUUGAUCUCCUGUGCGUUCAUGAUAGGACACGAGAGCAACAGUUCACACAACCCCCUCACAACAUUGGGGCGCUCAAGCGAAAACUUGUUUUGUUUAUCUAAAAACAGUUUGAAGUUGAAGAAUUUAUGCAUUUCUAUGCCCAGCCUUAUUUUGAAAACUUUUUUGGACCGGUGCCAGUUCAUAGUGGUCAGAGUUACCCGUGCAAUGUCACUGCUAGUUAGGACAAAAACUCUGAUUUUCCGGCCUGUAGCCUCCUCUAUGUUUCUAUUUGAUUUGGAGUUUAAAAAAAAGGCUGUGCAUAGAAAUGCAUCAAUUCUUCGACUAGAAACUCUUCAGACAUGUUUAGUGAGUUCUGUUCUCUGUUUUGUGUGCAGUUGUGUUCUGUUGUCACUAUCGCUGUGUUGGACCUGUUUUUAGAUAAACAAAACGAUUUUCGCUUGAACGCCCCAAUGUCUCGAGGAGACUGCGUGAAUUGUUGCUCUCAUGCCCUAUCAUGAACGCAUACAGGGGAUCAAAAGUCAGUGAACAUUUUCACUAAAUAAUACAUUGGAUUUUUUAUUAUUCUUAUCAUAUACUUUCAUAAAAAUCACAAGUCUCAUGAAUAAUUUAUGAGACUUCUGAAUUGUGCUUUUGAAGCUUGAAGAGGUGGUCACCAUAUAGUGACAUCACUGAGCUCAACAUAUAAAUCACAAUGUAUCCCUUUUAAGAAAAAGAAAGACUCGGGUGAGUAAACGAUUGAAUUUUCAUUUUUGGGUGAACUGUCCCUUUAAGUCUUUGGCUACCCCUUGUGAUAACAAUAUUAUCACUUUCCUGUAUUUGUAUAUUUACAAACGCCUCACACUGUAUCAGCAACCUUUGACUUGUAAUCACCAAUGAAACAAAAUCUAUAACAUUUUGCAACAAAAUUUUUCACCACUGUUAACAAGUUUUGUGAAGUUUGAGCAAUGUUGUCAUUUCACGCUAGGAACGGGCGAUAGCAUUUCUUUUAGAUCUGAUACCAAUAACUUCAAGUUCAAUAUCGUCGAUACUGAUACUUCUAUUAAAUAGAUUUUUUUUGCAAUUACUUGGGAUAAAAUGGGUAAUUUUAUAUAAAAUAAUAUUUUUAGUCAUAAUUCAAGUCAUAAAUAUUUUUUUGCCUAAACAGAAAACAUUUAGCCUUUUGCUUUGUUUACCCUUACAAAAAUGAACCAUUUCACUAACUAUAGUUACUAACAAUGGGCUCACUAUGUUUUAAUUACUUACUAACAACAAUUACACACAAUUAUAAAUAAGAAAUGUCACCUUUAGAUAUGUUGUUAUUUUAGUGUGCAGUGGUGUAGUAGUGUCUGGAGAGGUGGACAUACUGUGAAUUUAUGAAAAGCUCAUGCACCCGAUCUCUAAAAUUUAUUUACAUUUAUAUACAGUUCAUGUAAAAUGUGUAAGAAUUUUUUCUCCAUUCAAAUUAAGACUGUUGUAAAUAAAGU